AUGUUAUUAUCACUGGCUCCUCCUAACCAUAUGCAGCAGAACGACGUAAAACCCCCCCAUGACUAUCCAAUCUACCCUAAACCGACACCUUCGCGAUAUUCACCUCCACCGUCCCCUCGCAACUUACCUCCAUUCUUAGAGGACUCGAGGAUGAACAACUCUCACCGAGGGCUUCCCCCGUUACCUACUGGUCUCCCUGGGGCACUCAGUCUUCCUCCUCCAGAACGGGGACAUUCUACCGCUCCUCCACUUGGACAUCUCCCGGCUCCGCCUUCACAAUGGGCAGGCCAGGAUGAGUCGAUGCGAAGCUGGCUCCAUGCGAAGGCUGAGGAAGAUCGCCGGAAGCAAGAGGAGGAGAGGACGCGGCAGGAAGGUCUACGACUCGACCAGAGACGCAUUGAGCAGGAUAUGCUGCGGGAGUCUUUGCAAGGAGGGAUCCCUCCGCCUAUGGUUCCUCUGAUUUUCGCGGGUAUUGGUGGUGGGAGUCUUCCUGCUCACACCUUGGAGUGGGCGCAACAGUAUCUCGCAAGCUUGACGAUUCAGAACCAACAACAGCAGCAACAGAUUCAAGCUCAGCAGCAGCAACUCCACCAGCAGCAACUACAGCAACAACAACAGCAGCAGCAGCAGCAGCAAAUGUCGCCAGACAUCCACCGAGAUCGAAUGAUUCAGUCAAAUCCCUACGCAGCUCAUCAACCUCUACAAGCACCACCACCACUCUCACAAGCCCCAGCCACUGUACAAGCAAGCCAAAGUCGCAGUUCUAUAUCUGGGCCAGUAACAGCUACUCCUACCGCACUUUCACGUCUCAAUACGACCGAUUUUGUCCCCGGUUCGUUAACCAGCCAGCCAAACCGACCACCAGUCCAUCAAAUGCCACAAGCGCAGACUCCUGCAGCGGAGCAACCGUCUGGCCCGGGUUUGUUUUUCCAUCACUGGACACCACCCAACCCGACCUCUUCCUCGGCUGGAAACCAGCCGCCGACGCCCUCAGGCAAGAGCACACACGGAUCGCCAUUUUCACAGCACGCAGGAUCACAUCUACGCUCAGAGUACCAGAACUCGCCGAAGAAACGGAAGACGGCGAGUGGGCAUGCAGUACCCGUGCCCCCUACUUCUCAGCCAUCGGAUCCAUCGCAGCCCAGGUCGUCCCGGUCGUCCAGAGAACGAGAAAUGAGCCCGGGUCAUCGAAACAGGGCUACGCAGCAUUCGCGCCAGGACAGUGACGCAUCGUCGCGCGACCAGGAACUGGGCGCACGCAACAUUGCUCGGCCGAGUAGUCGUCAACAGCGCAGGGAUGAGCUCAGCGGCGGAGCGGGGUCCAGCCCAAGGAGGAAAUUGACAGGCUCCUCUACCAGUGGCUCGAGCGAGGAUAGUAAUCCUGUUCGGUAUGAGGUGUUAAAAUCUGAAACGCGGUAA